UAUAAAUUACAGAAAAUGAAAAUUCAGCACCACUAUUUUCUGAAUAAUUCUAUUUCCUCUUCAAAGCUAAAUGCGUGGGUUUUUGUAUUGUUAAGCAGAAACAAAUAUCGUAUGAACCAGACUCCCUAUCGUUGGUCAAGUUUAAUUUUGAAAAAAAUGGCCGAAGAAAUUAAUAAAGCUGAGCUUCGAUCGUCUCCGUCGGUUAUAGCGAAAUCCAGAUCAUUAUGGCCGUCUGUUCUCCGGUGGAUUCCUUCUUCCACUGAUCACAUCAUUGCCUCCGAGAAACGCCUUCUGUCUCUCGUCAAGACUCCAUAUGUGCAAGAACAAGUGAAUAUAGGUUCAGGUGCGCCUGGUUCUACAGUUAGGUGGUUUCGUUCUUCGAGUAACGAACCGAGGUUCAUAAAUACAAUUACCUUUGAUAGCAAAGAGGGUUCUCCCACUCUUGUUAUGGUACAUGGCUAUGGUGCUUCUCAAGGUUUCUUUUUCAAGAAUUUUGAUUUCCUUGCCAAUCGUUUCAAGGUCAUUGCUAUUGAUCAGCUUGGUUGGGGUGGAUCAAGUAGACCUGACUUUACAUGCAAAAGUACUGAAGAAACUGAAGCAUGGUUUGUGGAUUCUUUUGAGGAAUGGCGUAAAGCAAAAAAUCUUAGUAACUUUAUAUUACUUGGUCAUUCUUUUGGAGGAUAUGUUGCAGCUAAAUAUGCUCUCAAGCAUCCUGAACAUGUUCAACACUUAAUUUUAGUGGGACCUGCUGGAUUUUCAUCAGAAUCAGAUGACAAAUCUGAGUGGCUAACCCGCUUCAGAGCAACAUGGAAAGGGGCAAUUUUGAAUCAUUUGUGGGAGUCUAAUUUUACACCUCAGAAGAUUGUAAGAGGUUUAGGUCCUUGGGGUCCAGAUCUUGUACGUAAGUAUACAGCUGCUAGGUUUAGUCCUAGAUAUUCAGCUGGGGGUGUAUUCAAAGAUGAGGAGUCUAGACUUCUAACAGAUUAUGUGUACCAUACACUAGCUGCCAAAGCAAGUGGAGAGCUGUGCUUAAAAUAUAUAUUUGCAUUUGGAGCAUUUGCUCGGAUGCCCCUUUUAAACAGUGCAUCUGAGUGGAAAGUGCCAACUACUUUUAUAUAUGGGGUUCAAGAUUGGAUGAACUACCAAGGAGCCCAAGAAGCUCGCAAGCAAAUGAAGGUCCCUUGUGAAAUUAUCAGGGUUCCUCAGGCUGGACAUUUUGUGUUCCUUGAAAAUCCAGAUGGAUUCCAUUCUGCUACGUUGUAUGCUUGUAGGAGAUUUCUCUCACCUCACCCUGAUAGUGAACCCUUUCCUGAAGGUUUGGAAUCAGCAUAGAAGAAAGUAUGUUGUAAUUUCAUUACAAAUUUGUUAUUUGAUACAUCAUCCCAUGGUUUCUUUGGUCAGAAGAUUCUAUUAAAACAUUCUUUACUUGUUACUUUUAUCAUAUUUAUAUAUACCUAUGGGCUGUUAGAUAGUAUCUUGAAUCUUGUUACUGGUUGUGGCUUAUGGAGAUUGAACUGAUCAAGGGGAUGUAAAAGACUUCCCAUACUACUCACAUAUC